GUAAAAGCUCGGUCUGCAGCACGGGAAGUCAUUGCCACCUAUUCAGUUGAUGAUAUCUUUAUUGAACUAAUCAUACAGCUUCCAUCAAACUACCCCCUGGGAUCCAUAACAGUUGAGAGUGGAAAGAGGGUUGGUGUGGCGGGACAGCAGUGGCGCAACUGGAUGCUACAAUUAAGCACGUAUCUUACACAUCAGAAUGGGAGUAUUAUGGAAGGCUUAUCUCUGUGGAAAAAUAACGUGGAUAAACGUUUUGAGGGCGUUGAAGAUUGCAUGAUCUGCUUUUCAGUCAUUCAUGGAUCCAACUAUUCUCUUCCCAAAAAAGCUUGCAGAACAUGCAAGAAAAAGUUUCACUCGGCUUGCCUGUACAAGUGGUUCACAUCCAGCAACAAAUCCACCUGUCCACUCUGUCGAGAGACCUUUUUCUGAAGUAAAACGGUCGACGCUUCUGCUUUCUGUGAGCUAAGUAAUAAAUGAAGAGGUGGCAAUAAACCGUAUGUUGAAAGAAGCUAACUCUUUGCAAAUAUUGUCAGUCACUUUAAACUCUUGAGUAGUGGGCUAUGACACAUUUACCUCUGGACUGUUUUUUUCUAACUUUGAAGAUUGUUUGAUAUAAAGAAAUAUAUAAGAAUAAUUUAUUUUAAUUUGUAUAUUUUUAAGAUAUUGAGAUAUAUUAAAAUUUCAAAAAUAAUGCAGUUGUGUCUGAAAAGUGCUGUUUAAGCUACAGCAUAGUCAAUUAAAACCUCCUAUUUUAGGUAUAUUCUAACAUGGUGUUACGCACUUAACCCAG